AUGGAAGCAGCAAUGGUAUCGAGUUGUGAUAGAGACAACCCAACAGUCAAGAUUGGGUUGAGCAAAUUCAGCUCCUUAAGGCCAGUGAAUGUUCUACUGUCUUCUUCAGUGCCCAGAAAUGUAUGCUGCUGUCAAUAUCACGAAAAUAUCAAGCUCCUGUGUGAUUGCCUCAGCAAAGAAGUCCCUGAAUUUCCAAGUUAUUCCAGUGAAUUUGUCGAUAAUUUUGUUUGUAGCUCUGAGUCUGAGAAGUGUAUGCUUGGAAAGUGCCCUACAUGCCCUAACUACCUUCAAGGAUUCAAGGAUUCAUCAGCAAUGGACUCUCCCUCUGCAACUUGGUACGAGUGGGAAAGAGUUAAUGUGUUGGUCUCAGGAAAAAGGUCCACCAAAAAGCUAGCAAAGAAAAUGAUGAAGGUGUGUAAGGAAGGUACCAUCGAAGACGCAUUGGCGAAACUGGAAGAGAAGAUGCCCACCUUUUUACAGCAUGUUUUUGUUAAAAGAAAACAGUCUCUUUACUUUGAAGAAAGACUGAACAAUCUGACUGAGGAAGAAUGUGUCAUUCAAGUUGACUUUGCAGAGAACUAUACCUGCUCUCAUCAAGAUGAAAUCCAGACAGCUCACUGGGGCCAGGAGCAAGUAACUCUGUUCACUGUGGCUAUUUGGACAAAACCCAAAGCCAACACUGACAGAGUGUGUGAAUCAUAUGUGAUUGUUUCAGAUGACACUGAUCAUGACAAGAAAUCUGUCACAGCAUUCCUAUGGCAUGUAAUCAACCACUUCGUCAAAGCCAAACAUCCUUGUGUAAAGUACGUGUAUGCGUUUUCAGAUGGACCMUCAUCUCAGUUUAAAAACAGGUACUUGGUCAACUUUUUGCACAAGSUCCAGAAGAUAAAAGAAAGAGAUGAUGUAUUGAGCUCUCUGUCUAUGGAGAAGUGCUUCUCAGAGGCAACACCAAUUCCUGGGAUCUCUAAAUUCCAUUGCAUUCAGCCAACAGAGGAUGGGUUUGUCAACUGCCGUCUAUAUUCAUCACAGUUAACAUCCCAGAGUGAUGAGCCACUACAUGUAUUUCCUUAUGAUAGUGAUUUAGAAUCAAGCUGUUCUGAAGUGGUUACUAGUGAUGAUGACUGUGAUGACAGGYGUAGUGAUGAUGAAGWUUGUAAUGAAAAUGAAGAGGAGGAGAAUGUUGACGAAGAAGAGAAUGGAAGUGAUAUAGUGGAACYAGAGAUAGACAGCAGGAAUAGCGACGGAGAAGACAAUGUGGCAUCGAAGAAAGAGAUUCCAAAGAAGAAAGUCAAYGUAAAGCUUGGUAUGAUAGAUGAUCUGUUAAACCCACUUAAUCAACCAUCAGUCGAUUAUUUUCUUCCUCAAUACAAAAUCAAUGAAGKGGAAGYCAUCCUAAGUGGUCUAAUCAAGUUCAAAGGAAGUAAUCUCAUUAAUCUUGAYGAAUUGAAGAGUUUAACAAACUUUGAUGCUGUCAAUGCACAAGAUAAGUGGCUAACAAAUUUUGUGAUAGACGACUACAUGAGUUUGAUCCAGUCUUCAAGUCAUCUCAAUGUUAAAGCUAUUUCAUGGGAGAUCUUUGAAACAAAUACAAGCUGCUCAAUUGCCAAGAAUCUCCAAGAUUCAUCAUUUUCCACACUUGACCUUGUUGUUGUACCAUUAAACAAGCGUCACAUUGAGCAUUGGUCUCUCCUUGUUGUACUUCCAAAGAUGAAGAUUGCUGCUAUUUUAGAUAGCAAUUCUACUGACUUUGUCAAGCCAUUAUCUCAAAAUGCACUUGACAAGAUGAGUAAUGUCCUGGAAGAGUUGGACUGUAAUGUUCAAGAGUGGAKCUUUAUGUGUAACACUAAAGCUGAAAUACCCCAGCAGAGCAAUGAUUAUGACUGUGGUGUGUUUAUAUGUUUAUAUGCUAGAUGCUUAGCAGGCCUAGGUCCAUUGGUUCAGGAAUCUUCCUUCCGUAACUUCAGGCUGGGAAUGGUAUACAAUCUCCAGAGGAGGAUGCUACUCAAGAUUCCUGAGUCAGAUAUCAUGGUAGAGAAGUACUAUGCUGUUGACUAUCUGACCAACUACUACAUUGGCAGGGCAAUCAGCAUUGAAAACCAGAUGGUGAAGUUCAAGUACCUUUACAGAGUCGGAGCUGACAGAUUUGAUUGGCCUAGAAGAGAUGAU